AUGAUUCAUGCCAUGUCAGAUUUGGAAACGGAUGCAGCCAACGCCGAAGUAAAUGCCUUGCAAGCAUCUCCGUGGCCCGCGAAUAUGCGGGAUGCAGUGUGGGGAGAUCGUUUGAAAUUGCGGCACUUGAUGAAGAAAGAAAUGCCCAAGUAUGCCACAUUUUGGAAGGAACACGCUGUGGAAUUGGAAGAAUGGUGUCGCAGUGGUGUAUAUGUCAUGACACUGAAGAAAAUAUUUCAAAUGCCUCGUGCCGAAGUCACCGAACGGGUCAAGAACGACUAUGGGAUUCAUUCUGCAUUUGCCGUUGUGUUGUGUACCGUUGUGGAGCAAGUGGCCAAUUUCCCCGCCACACAACUCCCCACGGAUGCUCGUGGGGAAUCUGAAACCAAUUUUGAACAAUCCUUGGUCUUUGAUCGACGAGGUGGAUUCACACUCAAGCUGAAACAAAAGGAUGGAUCGCUCAAUGCAGAUGUCUUGCAGAUUUGGUUGGACCGCAUGAAAUCAUUGGGAGGUCCCAAACUAUUGGAACGAGCCCCACCCAAGAAGAAGGUUGUGGUGGAUAGUAGUGACGAAGAAGAAGAAGACGAUGAUGGGGAUGUCGAUGCUGGAGGACUUAAACAACAAGAUGAUCCCGAUGAAGAUGAACCGGCGUCGGGGCCCAGUUUUCGAUCUGAUCGACGAAUCAUUCGAUUGCUCAUUGCUCGCUAUUGGGCCGAUCAAAUGAUGAAGAAAUUCUUGGAAGCAAAACAAGAAAAGGAUAAACAGGAGGGAAACAAUGGCAAUGAUCAAACUUCCUGA